AUGAAAGCUGUCUACUUCAUCUCCCUCCUCCUCACCGCUGCCCCGCUCUCCGCCUUCGCUACCCCGCACGCUGCUCGUGGCAUUCACAACCAUCACCGUGCCAUUGCAGCCCGCGUUGCCAGCCCAGCCGAUGUUCCUUCAGCGAGCCUGCGCAAGCGCGCGUCGGGCAGACGCUGCCGCCCCCGAUCAUCAAGCGCGGCCCCCGCACCCGCUACGACAACCAAGCCCGUAGCCAACGUCGCACCCACGCCAGACAUCGAGGACAAGCCGACAACCACCAAGAAGGCAGACCCGACAACCACCAAGGAGGCGACUACAUCAAAGGUGGAUACUUCUCCCUCUCCUACUCCAGAGAAGGCGACUACAAAAUCGCCCUCUCCUUCUCCUUCUCCUACCCCUUCUCCGACUACGGAGAAGGCGACCACUAAAGCACCGUCUCCUUCUCCUUCACCCGAGAAGAGCACAACUCCUGACACUACUGUUGAUAAGCCGAAGCCCACACCGACGCCCACGCCCGCCAAGCCCGCAGAGAACAACGACGAUGGCGGCUCUGGCGGUGCUCGUCCAUUCGGCAACUUCUUUGCUGGGCAGCAAACCGGCGAAGGUACUUUCUACGCGACGGGUUUGACCGCAUGUGGUGAAACAAACAAGGACACGGAUUUCAUCUGUGCUGUGUCCAUGAAGCUCUUCGACGCUGUCCCUGGUGCUUCUGGCAAUCCCAACAAUAAUCCCAUCUGCGGCAAGAAGAUCAAGGCUACAUACAAGGGCAAGAGCGUUACCGUCCGCGUUACCGAUCGUUGCGUCGGCUGCGCUCCUACUGAUCUCGACUUCUCCCCGUCGGCUUUCGCCCAGCUCGCCUCCUUCGAUCUGGGUCGUCUCCAGGGUGUUACAUGGACCUGGGUCUAA